AUGACGCGGCCAGCACCCACAAGCUGCAGUUAUCGUCGUUGCAGCUCGCUUCUCAUCUUCCUAUCCUCUCUUCUAUGUGUUUACUUUUCUUUCGAAUUUGUUGCUUCUCAACAAGAACAACACUUUUAUCCAACUUCACAAAUUCUCGUGUGGGGUAACAAUGUGGACCACAAAUGUGGUUAUCCCUACAUGAUGAGUUCAGAGCUUCCCGUUCGAAGUAAACGAUUGGAACAGGCUGCUUUCACAAAUUCUUAUUCCUCGUAUUAUCAUCCAGCUUUGGGUUUGUCGAAUGUGAACUCUUCGUUAGUGCAAGUCGCGGAUGGAUUUUCAUUUAAAAUGAUUUUAGUACAUUAUGUGAAUGGAGAGAAUGGAAAUUUUGUCAAUGAAACCAUCUAUGGAUGUGGAGAUAAUGGAAAUAAUCAAUUAGGCUUUUUUGAUCAACCACCGAUUGCUAUCUCUCCGAUGGCUCCAAUUUAUACAUUUAGUACUGCUGAUUUAUUAUCAACCAAUCCAUUGCGAGAUUUAAAAAUUGUACAACUCACUUGCUGGUUUGAUUGUCUUGCUUUGACCAAUGAUGGAAAGGUAUUUCGACAUGAAAUUUACACGAGAAAAUGGGUACAAUUAGCAUUUCCUUCCACCAUGAUUCAUCCCGAUACGUCAUUGGAAAUCCCAGUAAAUAUUAUUCAAAUUGAAGAAACUGGAGCUUUUGGAAAAGAAACAUAUUUCGCCUUGACCAGUGAAGGAUUUGUAUUCACUUGGGGUUACAACAAUUCGGGAAUUCGAGGACAUUCCUUCGAGGUAGAACUCGCAGAAACUCCAAUGAUCAUUCCUUCUUUAAGAAAUAUUACGUUCAUCACGACAGGAAGUUUUAUCAAUGAGGAUCAUUCUUCUUCGAUGGCUCUUGCCAUUAAUUCCACAGGACAUGUCUUUACAUGGGGAAGUAAUGAAGAAGGAGCUCUUGGAUUGAACAUGGUUGAAACUUGUGUGACCUGUAUUGUCCCAUUUCCUCAAUUAGUUCCAUUCAAUUAUGAACUAACAGGUCGAAUUGUAAAAGCUGAUGCCAUUGCGUUGCAUGUCGUAGCAUGGAGUGAAAAUGGUCAAAUUUUCACAUGGGGAAGCGAUGUCGAUGCUCAAACCAGUAAUGGUCUCGGCAUGCAAAUUUCACCUUGGAACAUGACAGAAUAUUUCUAUGAAAAAGUAAUAGAAAACUCUCCAAUGGAUUCUUUCAUUGUAAAGGAAUGUAGUGUUUCAGUUGGAGCUACUGCAUGUUUAAUUGGAGGAAAUAUUUAUUCAUUUGGAUCAAUUCCAACUCGUGGAACGCUGGUGAGUGAGCAAAUUGCUUUGGUUCCAUUACCGAGCAAUGUAACAACCUUCAAAUUGUUGAGAGAGGGAGGAAUUGCAGUUUUGGAAAAUAAUGAAGUUUAUGUGUGGGGUGUGAAUUGGCAGGCAAAAGGAUGUUUUGAUGAUUAUUAUCAUUUACAGUUUCCACAGCCAUUGUCUAGGAAUCCACCAACGCCAUUCAAGCCAUUUAUCAAUAGUUCUGAACCUGAAGACAAACAACAGCUAUCUAACGUCAUUAUUCAGGGAGGAUUUGAUUGUAACUAUGUCCUCAUUACAAAACCAAACAAGACACAAUCCACGCUACAUGUUUGGGGUCAAUGCCAAAAUAGUCUCAAUUUAGCAGCAACAGCACCUGUCAAAGAACCUUCCGAUGAUCAAAUUCCGUUUUUCAACCUCUCAGACAGAAUGAUUGACAUUAGUUACAAGCAAACACAUGCACUAGCUCUCACUUCGAAUGGAACAGUGAUUGGUUGGGGUGAAAAUUACAACAAUCAAUUAGGCUUUUCUUCGCAAACUCAAACUCCUAUCCCAUUAUUACAAGAAAUACCACUCGAGGAGAGAAGAGCAACACAGAUUUCAGCAGGUGUGAGCUUCUCUCUCAUUUUGUUGAAUAAUGGAUCUUUGAUUGGAGCUGGAAGUAAUUAUCGAGGAAAUUUAGCCUCUGAAAUUAGCCCAGUUUCACAAUUUACAAUCAUUAACACUACAUUUUUACAAGAAGGUGAAUCGAUUAUAGAUAUUGAAGCUUGUGAUGAAGUAUCCUUUGUCGUGACUUCUUCAGGUAAAGUUUACGGAUCUGGCUCCAACGAUGGGUUGAGACUAGUGAAUAAUCCCAGUAUUGUACAAAUUCCUUAUUUCGUUCCGUUGAAAGGUGGAAUUAUUGAUUCAAAACGAAUUAUUAAGGUGGUUGGUUAUUAUUUCGCAGUUUUGCUUUCUGAGGAUGGUGAUGCAAUAGUUUUCAAAGAUGGAACUUCCAAAAAAUUGGAAUUACCAGACCCUACUGACUCAGUAAUUGACAUUUCUGUACAUAGAGGAAACGAGCAUAUGUAUGAUGGAGUUCAAAACGUUCAUUUACUGACACGAAAAGGAAACAUUUAUGGAAAUGGAAGCAAUGCCUGGUUUGAAAUGAGUGCAACACUUGAAAUUCAAGAAGCCAUUACUCCAACUUUGACAAUUUCUUCAAAAAAUACCGAUGGAAUUCCUUAUGCGAUUGGUACUGGUUUAAAUCAUGCCAUCGUCGCAGUGGCUAAAGCGUGGUCAUGUUUUUCAAAGAAUUCUACUGAUGACGCUGUUUGUAACUCUUCUGGAUUUUGUGUGGCACCUGACACCUGUCGUUGUAAACAUGUCAAUAUUUCUGGAAUUGAUUGUGGUGAAUUUAAAUGUUUUGGAAUUUGGCGAAACGAUUCAAAUGUUUGUUCAGGAGCUGGAAAUUGCACCACGUUGGACACUUGUGUUUGUCAAGAAGGUUUUUUUGGUGCCAAUUGUUCCGUUCGAGUAGCAACAUGUUUUAGGAAGUUUCCACAUGAUGCCUGUAAUGGAAAUGGAGUUUGUGUCGCUCCUGACAAGUGUGAAUGCAAAGAAGGAUAUUAUGGACCUCAAUGUGAAAACAAAUCUUGUUACGAAUUUGCAAGCUUUGAAAAGGAAUUGGCAGCGAGCAGACGAUCCUCUAGUAUGAAAAUGAAUUUAUGCAAUAAAAUUUUACGCUUGUGA